AUGAGUAUAACAAUAGUCGGAGCAGGCAUUGCAGGCACAUCAUGUGCCAUUGCGCUUACCAAAUGGAUGCAAGAACCACCUGACAUCACGAUCCUUGAAAUCAGGUCAAAACCGCAAACGAUAGGGGGCGCUAUCGGACUCACACCAAAUGCUGUUCGGGCUUUGCACCAUCUUGACGUACUCAAGCACAUACAGGAGCAUCGAUUCGGCAACAGCGUCGGGAGCAUUCAGCUUUUCAACGUCUACACUGCAUCUAGCCUUGGCGCCAUCUCGUUCACGGGUCCGGAUGGCAAUGGCAUUGGUGACCCACCUUUCAAAGGUCUACGCAUCCUCAGGUCAGAAUUGCUCGAUGCUCUGAUGCGGACGGCCAAAGCACUCCCCAAUGUCAAGAUCCAAUUCGGCAUCGACAUCACGACUUUCACCGAGCAUGCUGAAGGUGUCACGAUCGGAUUUACGAAUGUGCGUUCCUUACACGUGGAGCCCGACCGCAAGCCGACUUACACCGGCAUCGCAGGCGUCAGUGGCUUCUCACAGGUGCCUGGCGGUGUCCACCUCAGCUGGGAAGACACAGGCCUCUGCCAGUCUACCAGUGGGAGCCUUUUGUGCAGCUAUUUCGAGCCUUCACGGACCAAGCAAUUUCUGGGUGCAGUCAUGGAGACUGAGGACGUGAAGUCGAAGGAAGGUUGGUACGCCGCGGGCAGAGAGCAAGAGGUUCUGAAGGCAAGGGUCGAGAAGGCAUAUCUAAGUGGCGAUGUCAAGAUGCCAGGGGUCUCGAAACUGGUCAAGGCAAGUCAUGGCUGGAGUCUAUGGCCAGUUUACACGCUGCCACCAAAGGGCACGUGGUCUACGAAGAGAACUAUCCUCAUCGGCGAUGCUGCUCAUGCUAUGCCGCCUCAAGGCGAAUCAGCUGGUAUCGCACUCGAGGACUCGAUCGUACUCGGUCGCGUUUUCUCAAGACUGAUCGAUAGCAGCGAAGAGAAAAUCAGCUCCUGCUUCGCCGCAUACGAGCGCCUGCGACGGCCCCGUGUGGACGAGGCAUACGCACAAUCAACGUGGGGCUGGAGCACGCAAAAGGACUCAGGUUGGCUGAUGUUCCAAUUCCGCUGCUGGCUCACGUGGAUCUUCCUCCCCUGGACCGCGAAAUCUCGAGCCAUACGUCAUGCAGAAGACCUUGCCACGAAAGACCUCGGGCUAGAAUGA